AUGUCAGAUCUUUCGGCUCAACUAUCUGCUUUUAAAAAUAAAAUCAGAAGCGGGCCUUCUGUCACCGUGGCCAGAAGAGCAGUUACGCCUGCCAAAUCAAAUGAUUUAUCCAGCAAUACUAGUCCUAGCAAUGCCUAUAGUAAUAGAAACGGAGUUUCUAAUGGAAACCCUAAUAAAAGAUCAGGUAGUGAUACGAUUACCGAAGCCAUUAAAAGGCAAAAGGCAUCUACAGGAGGUAUGUCGGGAUCACAUUUAUCAACGCAAUUACAUCUUGCGGUUGAAUAUAUUAAACAGCAUGACUUUCCUAUUAGCGUUAUCAAGUUGCAGAACUAUCUUUCGUUUGACAUAAGUGGGACAUUGCUUCCAUUAUUGAAGGAGAUUGAUAGAAUAAAAUUUAAUCCCGAAGAUAAUACGUUGGAAUAUGUCUCUUUGCACAAUAUUAGAUCUUCUGAUGACUUGUUGAAUUUCUUGAGAUCCCAGCCUACUUUCAGAGGUAUAUCUGUUAAGGAAUUAAAAGACGGAUGGGCGGGAUGUCUGCAGGCUAUCAAUGAAUUGGAGGAACAAAGUAAAAUUUUGGUGUUAAGAAAUAAAAAGGAAAAUACUCCCAGACUUGUAUGGGCUAACCUUGGAGGCGAAAUGGGUUUAAUUGACGAUGAGUUUUGUGACAUGUGGUCUAAUGUCAAGUUGCCUGAACCCGAUAGUUUGUACCAGGCAUUAAUAGACCAAGGUUUAAAACCUACUGGGGCUGAUCCUCAAUUAAUCAAGAAAAAACCUCAGCAACAAGAAAAGAAACAAAAGAAAGCAAGAAGAGGUAAGGUGACAAAUACUCACAUGAAAGGCAUAUUGAAGGACUAUUCAGAAUUGGUCUAA